UGUGCCUGUGCGGCUGUGCCAUGCUUCUGUCAGUUUAGGUCAACUUUCAUAAGCCAUGAAUAUGCCCAUGGCCAUGAUCAUGAUGAAGAGAUUGUUUGAGACAUCUGACUGAAUGAAGAAAGGUUUGCGACUUUGCGUUGCUGAAAAGUUGAAUAACGUGUUGGUUUGAUGUAAUUGCUCAGAAAAGUUGGUUAGCUGUAAUUAGUCUGGCAGGGAUUUUUGACUAGGUACACAAAUCUUGAACUUGAACUACUUUAGAAAUAUCGGGUAACAAUAUUAGUGUGUCGUGUCGUGAGGUUUUCUUCAAAAUCUUGACCGCUCAUUUCACAAACGUAACGAUAUUGACCUACUGUGUAAAAGGUUCACUGAAUAACCAUGGAUUGCAAGGAUUUGGCAGUGCUAGAUGCUGUGUUAAGCAGCCAAGCAUUUAUUUUUGGCUCUGAGGCAACUUUUGCUGACAGUCUUGUGUACUCUGCUUUGACGGAUAAGCUUCCAAACACACCGGCUAAUGUGGUGCGCUGGGCUCAACACAUGGCUGCCCUCAGCCCCCAGCAACGCCAAGCCUUGCCUCAAAACACUAAUCUUGCUUGUGGUCAGACACAGAUUGAUGGAAAAUUGAGUUUGCUGCUUCAGAAAACCUCCAUCGAUGGGCAUAGUAUCUCCGAGAACUCGAGAAAUGCAUCUUCCAUACCUCCAACACUUUCCCUGUCACCAAAGAAAUGUCUGAAGGCAAGUCCAGCAAGACCAGGCCAGAAAAGUAUCGGAAGCAACUGCAAAGGCACGAAGCUCAUCUUGAAAACACCCAAGGGGACACGUGACUACCACCCACCCGAGAUGACUGUCAGGAGAAAGGUGUUUGACAAAAUCUUGGACGUUUUCCACAUGCAUGGCGCAGUAGAAAUAGAGACUCCUGUUUUUGAAUUGAAGGAAGUUUUGACUGGCAAGUAUGGAGAAGAUUCCAAGUUGAUAUAUGACUUGGAAGACCAAGGAGGAGAGAUCCUCUCAUUGCGCUAUGACCUGACAGUUCCCUUUGCUCGCUAUGUUGCCCAGAACAGGAUUGGGAACAUUAGCCGCUAUCACAUUGCUCGCGUGUAUCGCCGUGACAACCCAGCCAUGACCAAAGGACGGUAUCGCGAAUUUUAUCAAUGUGACUUCGAUAUUGCGGGCUCCUAUGACCAGAUGUUGCCUGAUGCUGAGUGUGUGCAAGUCAUCCAUCAGGUUCUGUCCAGUCUUGACCUGGGCGACUUUGUGAUCAAGGUAAACCACCGUAAGUUGUUGGAUGGAGUGUUUGGAGCGUGUGGCGUGCCGAGUGACAAAUUCCGUCCCAUCUGCUCUGCUGUAGACAAGCUCGACAAGAGCCCCUGGUCUGAGGUCAGGAGGGAGAUGGUCGAUGAGAAAGGCCUGGAGGCUGAUGUUGCUGACAGGAUCGGCGAAUAUGUCAAGCUUAAUGGCAAGCAGGACAUGCUUGACGCGCUCAAGAGUGAUGAGCGUUUGAAGAAUAAUGAAGAUGCACAGGCAGCCAUCAAGGAGCUAGAGCUGUUGCUGCACUACACAUCAUUGCUGGAAUGCGACGCCAGCUUGCUGCUCGACAUGAGCUUGGCGCGAGGACUCGACUACUACACAGGUGUGAUUUACGAAGCAAUACUGAAGGAGAACCAGAAUGGGGAGGAUGCAGACUCUGGUCCCACCAGUAAGAAGAUCAAAAAGAAGCAGGAAGGCGAGGAGGAAGAUGAAGAGGGAGGGGCAGUGGGCAGCGUGGCAGGUGGUGGUCGCUAUGACAACCUCGUGGGUAUGUUCGAUGCCAAGAAGAGAACCGUGCCCUGUGUCGGCGUCAGUUUCGGCAUUGAAAGACUCUUCACUAUUCAAGAACGCAAAAUAAGACAGCAGGGGAUCAAGAUACGCUCGAGCUGCACAAGCGUGCUGGUCGUCGGCGCCGGCAAGGGGAUGCUGGAGCCGCGGCUCGCUCUGUGCGCUCUCCUGCACAAGUCCGGCAUCAGGGCUGAAACUUCGCGAAAAAUGAACCCCAAGUUCCUCGGUCAACUGCAGCACGCAGAAGAACAUGGCAUCCCGGUGGUGGUGGGGGUGGGAGAGAGCGAAGUGCAGGAAGGAGUUGUGAACGUUCGCUGCACCGCCACUCGACAGGAGACCCAGGUGCCUCGCGUCCAACUUGUUGCUCAUCUCCAGCAGCUGCUUCCUACCCUUGAAAAAUUGUAACUUUUGCCCCCUGAAAUAGUUUUUUUUUUCAAAUGGGAAAUCGUCUGCUCUCAACUCUCGUACUAUAAUAAUAACUACGUACACUGUCUCUGCCUCUGUAAUAUAGAGGUUCUCCAUGAACGUUUCAGUUGGUAUAUUUUUCUCCUGACUCGCCUAACUGUUGUUAGAAAAUUCUUGCCCUGUCUAACAUCAACAAUUUCACGACGGUAGGUAGUACUUGAGUUGAAAUAAAUUUUCGUCAACUUCCAUACAGAAGGUCUUGCUGAGAAAGUUUUUCCAACUUAUCGUUCACGAUUCUUUCAAUUCACUCAAAAAGUUAUUUAUCUAAAUUUCUAACACAAGGCAGCGGGAAUAUCAGGUUUGAUCUGCUACUGAUCGAAAUGUUUUACCAUUCCAAUAACCGUUGGUCGCAAUCGUGUCAUCUUUUUGCUUACAUUGUGUGUCUUGUGCAAGUUUUAUUUAAUUACUCUUCUCGAAUGUGAAAUUUACCAUGCGUUCAAAAAACAUCUAUAAGAAAGUGAGAACUCUGUAUACAGCCUGUAUGGCUGUAUCAAUUAUUUAAUAUCUUCAUUUUAAAAUUUUGCAAGAUCAGGCAUCUGCACGUCUUGAAAUGUGUGUUUAGCGAUUCUGCGUCACUGUAAAAAUCAGAUUGUGAAAAUCGAAUUAGUUUGGUGUUCGGAAUCGUAAGAAGUGUGACCGUCGCCAUAAUUAUGAGAGGGUUGGCUUGCUGAGUUGCUGUUAACUUUUGUUAUGAAUUAAAAUCAUCACUGUAUAAGGAAGUAAUCGGUUCUGUUUUCUUGAAAUUAUCAAUUGCACCUGUACAAUUUGUUCCACAUCCUCAACUCCUGACGACUCUACUCAAAUGCCUUGUAGUGAUUACCUCUCCCUGUGCUUCCACCUAGUUGAAUUCUGUUGAAGCUCCGAGGAAUGAAAAUACUGAUUUACAAAUACCAAAAGGUUUAUGAAUUAUUUUGGUAUUUGGGGGUGGAACACAGACUCGGUUGCGGAAAUCAGUUGUAGGUAAUUUUGAUGACAAAUUAAUUCAGAAUUUUUUUUGCCUUGAUCACAUUUUGUACGCAAUUCCUCGAAUCAAAAUGAAUAUCUCUCUUCCUGGCCAGCAAUCGCUCUAGACACUCGAAUCAGCUUAGUAAUAAGAACGGGAAUUAUUUGGUCUCCUAGUGCUGUGCGUAGUGUAUUUCCGAAUAGAUCUUGGUUCAACAUCAUUCUGAUGGGGUUGUAGCGUUAUAGUAUCGUACGUAGGAGACUUGGUAAAUACUAGGUUUUUUGACUGCAGAAAAGCAAACCAUUUUAAGGUUAUGUACUUAUUAUACAUCAAAAAACUGUUGAGUAGACUGCGCAUCCCUGCGGAUGGGCCUGUAGCGAUAGUCGAGUCGUUUUUCUAUCAAGUUGGUUUCUUUGCGGCAUGACACCGUUCACAAAUUUAGAAAACUUCUAUUUUUCGGUAUAGGUAUUAUCAAGUCAUGAUAGUCUCAUGCCAAAGUUCAUAUUCCUAAUCCUCUGUGGUUUCUUGUAAUUAUGGAAUAAAUGAAUAUUUCUGGG